AUGUUUCUCAAGGCGACUCUCUUCUCGCUUUCAGUACUGGCAGUUUCCAGUAAGAGUGUCCCUGGAUAUUUUGGAGACAACUUAGAGGAGCUCACAAGAGGCUGGGAAGGUUUCAUUGUCGGUGGUCAGGAUGCAGCUUCUGGGCAAUUUCCUCACACAGUGUCCAUCAGAACCACUGCCAACACUCACUUCUGCGGAGGAUUCAUUCUGACCAAUCGAUGGGUGGGCUCUGCAGCUCACUGCACGCUCAAUCGCACGCCCGAAAGCACUUGGAUCAUCGUCGGUGCGCUGCUACUGAGCAGUGGCGGCACGAAUGUCUUCACCAAUCGCAUCGUCAACCAUCCGGAUUUGUAUCCCUGGGACGAAGCCGGAGACAUUAGUCUGCUCCAGACACGAGAUCCCAUCAUCUUCUCCGCAACAGCUGCUCCACUGGUCCUGGGAUCCAAUCACAUCGGUCCUGGCGUCGUGGCGACUGUGUCCGGAUGGGGAAGAACUGCUCACGGUGCUGAUGCAUUCCCGGACACGCUGCAGUGGAUCAACACGCACACCAUCACGAACGAGGAGUGCUACCAGAGACUGCCCUCCAACGAUGCUCACAUCCUGCAGGAUAACAUGGUGUGCACAGUGACGCAGGCCGGCGAGGGUAUGUGCCAAGGAGACUCCGGAGGGGCGCUCUUUGUCGGCAACACUGUCAUCGGGGUGGUUUCCUGGGGAAUCGCACCCUGCGGCCAAGGAUUCCCCGACGUCUUCACUAGAAUUUCCACCUAUUACAAUUGGCUUCUGAUCCAAAUGGAGUCUUAG